AUCGACUAUGAUGUAUGUGAUGUUGUGUGUAUACAUACCCAGAGCAGAUCAGAGUAUUCAAAGCAAUUGGGGAAGCCGCCUUCAUUCGUGUAGGGCUGCUCACCACAGGCGCCAUCGAAACCACGGAUGGAUUUCUCGGGGACGUUGGGGGAGCCGAUUACGUAGCCGAUCGAGAGCGAGGUUAAUGAGGCCACUAGACCACAGUAAAUCAUGUAAGCCGGGAAGCCGGCCUCUCUUGAAUCCAUGGUGAAGAGUCUCUUGUUUAAUAGGAGUCAGCAGAAGCGCACGAGGGACUGUAUGGGUUCAAUGGGGGUGGACGAAUAGAGGAGGGGGAUCGAGAGAUUAGAUGGGGUGGGGGAUAUAGAUCGCGUCUAGUAUACAGUCAAGAGGAGGAUGCGAUUAAAUGGUGAGGGAUGGAUCAGAAGGAAGGAAGGACGAAGAAUGAAAGAAGAGAGGGAGAAAGAGAAAAUGAGGGGAAUAAAAGAAGAAAAAAGGUGGAGAAGGCAGCAAGAACCACGAGACAGAACCUCAUCGGGUAAGUGCCUCCUGAGACCCCAGAGGUGCGCCUGCAAUAAACCUGGUCUGGAUUCGAAUUCGCAGCGGAGAGGAGAUGUCCACCCAACUCUCCGUCCACCAUUGGCUGGACCCCACAUGUCACGGAUGCAUUCCCCUGGGUAUCCGCAUCCUCAUCCUCCAGCAGCCCCCAGUAUGGGUCCCUUGCCUUGGAAGGACGGCAAAAAGGUAGCGGCGGCAGAAAAAUUAAUAGUACUUCCUAGAACGUACCCUCAACUCCGUGGGUUAUCUUUGGCCGACCCUGUCAUCAUCGCACAGGAGGUAGACUACUACUCGUCCCCAGAUCCAGCAACUGCAACUCUACAAUUGAGCCCCGCUCCCAAGAUACUUCUCCAUUGCCUGCUCUGGAUAAUCGACCACAUCUAUCAUGCAUUCGCCAUGUUGACACCAACCAAAUAAAUCAAUCCCCCAUGUUCAAUGUCG